UCUUCCAUCGGCCACGACGAACCGUUGACGCCUGACGGCGAAUAUGACUACCCAUUGGGUUCCAAUGUCACCUGCCUAAAUAGCUCUCCCGGCCUAGAAAAAAAGGCCCCUCGCAAGUCCUGCUAGCCACCAUCGACCGUCAGAUGGCGACAGUCGCUCCUACCAUUCUCUUCAUCCUCCUCUUGCUCUUCUCCUCUGCCUUCUUUCUCACCGCCCUCUCUUUGUCCGAUCCCGAUAUCAACGUCUGGCCCAAACCGCGAUCCAUACAAUGGGACGGCCGGCAGGCCGUCCUCCUUUCCCCAGCCUUCAGCAUCUUCUGCGCCCAACACCCUUACCUCCUCCCCGCGGCGAAUCGCUACCUCCGCCUCAUUCGUUCCGAACACUGGCGCCUCAUCCGCCAAUUCCCCGUCAAUCUCACUUCUUCCUCCUCGUUGGCGGCGUUGAACAUCACCGUCAGCGACAUCGAUGUCGACUUGCAGCAUGGCGUCGAUGAGUCCUACCAGCUACGAAUUCCGGGGCCGGGUGACGGCGAUAACGGGAGUCUGAGGGCGGAGACCGUGUGGGGAGCCAUGAGGGGCCUGGAGACCUUCUCGCAGAUGGUUUGGGGGAGCCCGGCGAUGGUGCCGGCCGGGAUCGACGUCUCCGACUGGCCGCUCUUCCCGCACCGUGGGCUGCUGUUGGACACUUCAAGGAACUUCUACCGGGUGAGGGACAUCCUCCGGACCAUCAGGGCGAUGAGCCACAACAAGCUCAACGUCUUCCACUGGCACAUUACCGACUCCCAAUCCUUCCCGCUGCUCCUCCCAUCCGACCCCGACCUCGCCAGGAAGGGUUCCUACGGGCCGGAGAUGCAGUACUCGCCGGCCGACGUCCGGAGGAUCGUGGAGUUUGGCCGGAGGCACGGGGUCCGUGUGUUGCCGGAGAUCGACGGCCCAGCUCACGCCCGGUCGUGGGGAGAAGCGCACCCGGAGAUCGUAACGUGCGCCGACGCCUUCUGGUGGCGGCCGGGAAGUAAGUGGGAAGACCGAUUCGCGUCGGAGCCGGGUAGCGGCCAGCUGAACCCGCUCAACCCCAACACCUACAAUGUCGUCCGUAACGUCGUCAAGGACGUUACCUCCCUCUUCCCUGAAUCCCUUUACCACGCCGGCGGCGAUGAAGUGGUUCCCCAUUGCUGGGAAUCCGACCCCACCAUCAGGGAGUUCCUGUCGAAGGGUGGCAAUGUCUCGCAGCUCCUCCAAGCCUUCGUGGACGCCACGUACCCUUACAUCCUCUCACGCAACAAGUCCGCCGUUGUGUAUUGGGAGGACAUCCUCCUCAGCGCCACCGUGACAGUCGCUGGCCUCCCCAAGGAGACUACCAUUCUCCAGACAUGGAACAACGGCCCCAACAACACCAAGCGCAUCACCUCCGCCGGUUACAGAGCCAUCGUCUCGUCCACCGACUUCUACUACUUGGACUGCGGCCAUGGCACCUUCCUCGGCAACGACAGCCGGUACGAUCGGCAGACGGAAGAUCAAGAAGACCCAUUAGAGCCCUUCAAUUACAGAGGCGGCCAGGCCGGGUCCUGGUGCGGGCCGUUCAAGACCUGGCAGAGGAUCUACGACUACGACAUCACGUACGGGCUCAACAAGGAGGAGGUGGAGUUGGUGCUCGGAGGAGAGGUGGCCCUCUGGUCGGAGCAAGCGGACGCCACCGUCUUGGACGGGCGUGUCUGGCCAAGGGCGUCGGCGAUGGCGGAGGCCCUGUGGUCUGGAAACAGGGGGAAGGAUGGGACGAAGAGGUACGCGGACGCUUCCGAUCGGUUGAAUGAGUGGAGAUAUAGGAUGGUGGGAAGAGGGAUUCUAGCGGAGCCGAUGCAGCCUCUGUGGUGCCUCCAUAACCCGGGGAUGUGCAACCUUGACCAGUGAAAAGGGUGUGGAAGAGAGAGGUUAUUGCUCACGGUGGUUUGAUGGCAUGGGGAGUUGCUCAUGACAUGCUUCUUCUGUUUCAGAACCACCCUCCUGAGUGUACUUCAACUUCUUCCACCCUCGCCAUUAGUAUAGGCCAGAGGCCAAGAGGUUGGGAUUUUCAGGAAUCACUUGCCGCCUACUUUGGGUGAAUAAUGGAGGUUUUCUCUCAAGAAUUGAGUAGCUAAUAAUCAAUAUCUCAAUCAUCCAUUUUAACAUUUGACUGUCAGCAUGAUCAAGCUACACGGUUCUGUAAUUUGCAUUGAUAAUAACAGCAAAUCGCAAGGGUGAGGAUCUACGAUAUUGCCAAAAAGUGGCUUGAGAAGAAAUUGAACGUGCCUUAAAGUGGUUUUGUCAGAAAUGCAGUUAAUUUAUUUG